UGACGUCAACUACAAUCGACGGCGCUACUCUUCAUUGUGUUUACUAGCCGUCCAGAUCGUCUAAAGAUGGAUUAAAUAUGUACUAGAAAAUGAUUGAUGUGGUUCUUUCUAAUAUUAUGGACUGGUCGAUGAUUUAGUGGAGUUUUGGUGACUCUAAUUUCUGCAAAAAUGAACAAAGGUUGGCUGGAGUUGGAAAGUGACCCGGGGUUGUUCACACUCUUGGUGGAGGACUUUGGUGUGAAGGGCGUUCAGGUGGAGGAGAUCUAUGAUCUUCAGAGCAAAUGUCAAAGUCCAGUGUAUGGCUUCAUCUUCCUCUUUAAGUGGAUCGAAGAGAGAAGAUCUCGGCGUAAAGUCUCCACGCUGGUGGACGAGACCUCCGUUAUCGAUGACGAUAUUGUGAACGACAUGUUUUUUGCUCACCAAUUGAUACCAAACUCCUGUGCUACACACGCUCUCCUGAGUGUGCUACUGAACUGCAGCGGCGUGGAGCUGGGAAACACUCUGAGCCGCAUGAAAGCUUUCACCAAGGGCUUCAGUCCUGAGAGUAAAGGUUACGCCAUUGGAAACGCCCCUGAGCUGGCGAAAGCCCACAACAGCCAUGCCAGACCGGAGCCGCGGCACCUGCCGGAGAAGCAGAACGGCAUCAGUGCGGUGCGGACGAUGGAAGCGUUUCACUUCGUCAGUUACGUGCCUAUCAAAGACCGGCUGUUUGAACUGGACGGGCUGAAGGCGUAUCCCAUCGACCACGGGCCAUGGGGUGAAGAGGAAGAGUGGACUGAUAAAGCCAGACGGGUCAUAAUGGAGCGAAUAGGACUGGCCACUGCAGGAGAGCCCUACCAUGACAUCCGCUUCAAUCUCAUGGCGGUGGUUACAGAUCGCAGAAUAAAAUACGAGUCCAGGCUGGACAUCCUGAAACGGAACAGGCAGAUUAUUCUAGAAGGGCUCCAGCAGGUUAGGGAGAAAAAAGUCAUUCGGGUGACCCCACAAGAUUCAGGCCAAGAUCGUAAGCAACAAGACUCCUCCUCUUCAGAAGACAAUUCAGCUGUUAAAAAGGAGGAAGGGCAAGACACACCAGAGAAGACCACACCAACAGAAACUCUAGAAGGUGCUGCGGCUCUACCAAGUCCCACUGGAAAAAUCAGACCCAUGGCUAAACCCGCCUCUUUACCAACAGUGGGCGCUCCGCCACCAGGCCCUCUACCUGUUCCCAGUCCCAACCCCAUCGUCCAGCGUCUGCCGGCCUUCCUGGAUAACCACAACUAUGCCAAGUCCCCCAUGCAGGAAGAGGAGGAUCUCGCUGCGGGUGUGGGACGCUCUCAAUUACCUGGCCCCCCUCAACCCCCUUAUUCUGACGACGAGGAAGACUAUGAUGAUGAAGAAGAGGAGUGCAGCACUACAGGUGCCACAAGCAGGGUCCGAAGAAAGGUGGGUCUACGCACACGUACCAUGAGCCGCACUGGAGUGAGCGGGGUUGCGGCAAUGGAGGGUCAGAUAGCACUUAGCGUUUUAGCUGAGAAACUCAAGAAGGAGGUCCAGAGGAAGGACGCAACCGGAUCCACACCUUUGAACGUUCGUACCGAGGGUCGCACGGGUGGGAUCAGCAUCACUUCGGCCUGCCAACCUUCACCCACACCCAGUAACGAAAGCACUGACACGGCCUCUGAGAUCGGCAGUGCGUUCAACUCACCGCUGCGCUCACCCGCGCGAUCGCAAGCGGCAACGCGUCCCUCCAGCCCCGUGGCGGCCCACUUGAGUCGCGUGCUGUUCGGAGAAGAGGAGGGGCUGCUCCGGUUAGAUGCCCGACACAAUCGAGCCGUCCGAGACUUGGGGGCGCUAGUGAGCUCCACGCUGCUGCGACUGCAAGAGGAUGGCAUCAUGUUUGCCCUGCCACCUACAGAAACGUUGGAGGGGUUGAAGAAAUCAGGUAGUGUGGAGAAGAAAGAGAAAGAAGAGGCGACCUGUCCGGGAGGAGAGGAGGAAGCUAAGGAGGGACCUUCGGUCGAGAUGAAACAGGAGGACGUCAAAGAGUCAGUGGACGUCAAAUCAGACCAGGAGAACCUGUCGUCCACCGCUGAGACCAGCAGCAAACCUUCUGGAGAAAAAUACACUCCUAAAGAGUUGCUAGCCUUGUUGAAGUACGUGGAAGCAGACAUCACAAACUACGAAGUGUGUCUGAAAGAAGAAGUGGAGAAAAGGAAAAAGUAUAAGAUCGAUGACCAGAGGAGGACUCACAACUACGACGAGUUCAUCUGCACCUUCAUAUCAAUGCUGGCACAAGAAGGUAUGUUGGCGAGUCUGGUGGAGCAGAACAUCUCAGUGCGUCGCCGACAGGGCGUAAGCAUCGGCCGGCUCCACAAACAACGCAAACCCGACCGGCGGAAACGCUCACGGCCGUACAAAGCCAAGCGCCAAUAAACGCUAAAAAGAAGCGAAUGGCGGCAACUUCAUGACUCAAUCUUUCUGAGACAUUGUCCUGACACAUUUCUGAAGACAAGCAACAAAAACAAACACAGUGUUGGUGGUGAUGUUGAUUCAAAUACUUUUUUUUAACCUUCACAUUGUAAACUGCCCACAUUCAUAGUACACCACUUCCAACGCAAAUUGGUGAUGUUCAAAAGAUGUUUAGAGAUACUGAAUCAUUUGUCAUGCUGCCAUAUGAAAUCCUUACUUUGUACUGUAUCAAGCUAUAAUCAUAAAACCAACAAUCAUUGUAGCACCAUAUUGAGAAAACAACUGUUAGUGCCAUUAUUAGGGUAAUGUUUGAGAUUGAGGAUCAGGGCUGGAGUAAUUCAGGCUUUAAAAUCCAAAGAUUUCAAGGAAUCUUAAUCUCCAGACAUCCCAAAUAUCCAAUUAAAGUGCUACCAAAGAUAACAACGGACCAGAUUGACUCAAACAGUGCUUGCCCGGAGAAUGUCUAUUGUGACCAAAUGGACCAAUCGUCAAUCUGAGAUACGUUCACAGCCGUUCUGGGAUCAAAUAUUCAGUGUUCAGUCAUUUUGUUUAUAAGAAUACUAGACUUAAAAGGAUCCAAGAUUGGCACUGUCACGUUUGGGAUAUUUUACGUUUUGUGAAUUGUAUUUUAUUUCAUUUAAUAGAAACCAUCACUGUAAGAGUCAAAGAAGAUAUGGUUUUGGUUAUAUAUAAUUGUUCUUCAAAAUUUUCUUGAAGAUUGUUUUUGUUGGCAAUAGACCAGUGGGUUUUGUCUCAUAUGUUUGUUUGUACAUAUGUAUUUGUGUUAUCUAUCAACUGUCAGAUCUAGAUAUUAAAAUAAGUGUUCUGAAUUACA